AUGGAUAUCGAUGAGGAAGAACCUAGGACUGGUCAGGCCCUGGAUGGGCACGAUCUGGAAGGAGAGUCAGCCCAUCAAAGUGAUCGGCAUCCUUCGUUGGAGGUGACGGACCACCAAAACUCCCCGUUGCCCAAGGAACACGGGACCGCUCAUAGGAUCAAAACAGAAUCCGAUGAAGGUGUCUUGUCCCAGGAUAUACCAAAAGCUGAAGAGGACGACAAUAGCCCUGGCGUUGAUAAACCUUACGAAGAAGUCUCUGAUCUGGCGGAUUUCAACAAGUCAAUUCAAUAUGAAGAUGAAGCCUUCGCCGGAAUUGAAUUCCUUGAAGGCGGAACAACUUUGUCUGAGGCAAACAGCUUCAGUGGGAAACUCCACCUUAAUUCGUACGGGCCAAAAAAUAGCGCAAUGCUUACCUGGAGCUCGUCAGCCGGAGACAAGAGGGGCCCCAAUGUGAAGAACAUUCGCGCUGAUCCCCACAAACAAGCGAUGGAAACAGACGACGAUGGAAAAUACAAACACAAAGGCAAAAUCGGCAGUAUCAAAGCCAUUGCAUGGAGGCCAAGGGGCUCUAUAGGGAGCAUGAGAGAUCUCCUAGCCUCAGUCCGAGAAUUAGAUCCUGCGAAUAAGAAUAAUCCGAAAUACGUGUAUCCAUUUUGCACGGUGCUUGUUGAUUGGAUCGGGCCAAACACGCCACCGCCAUGCUUGAUCAAUCGUUCUAAUUACAAAGAUCUUUCCACAUCAGGGAAAGACUCGGGCAAGCGCGUGGACUGGAAGUUUUACAGGAUUGCGUGUAUUCAGGUGGCAAGGUUCGAAAAAUGGGCCGGAAACGAAAGGCUGGGGAAAGAAAUCAGCCCGACACCUCUAUUUGAGACACCUGAACCAGAAAAACAACGAUAUGGCUCCGAAGCAGCAAUUACGAAUAGCCUGCGCAACAUGAAUGGUGGAAUCAAUCUCAGUACUAACGGUCAGAACACUAACGGUCAGGACACCAACGGUCAGGACACCAACGGUCAGGACACCAACGGUCAGGACACCAACGGUCAGGACACCAACGGUCAGGACACCAACGGUCAGGACAUCAACGGUCAGAACACCACUGGUCAGAGCACCGACGGUCAGAACACCAACAGUCAGAAUGCCAACGGUCAGAACACCAACGGUCAAAACAAUAACGGUCAGAACAUCGGUCAAAACAUCAAUGGUCAGAACAUCAGUCAGAACAUCAACGGUCAGAACACCAAUGACCUGAGCAUGGGUGCAAGCAACGGAACUCACCAAAGUCAGCCUUCACCAAAGUUGAGCACAUUCUAUAACAAAUGGUUGAAAAGACAACCCAUUGAGCCUACGGAGUUUGACAAACUAGACGACAUAUACAUUGGAAAGUUCGAGGCUGCUGCUUUUGUUUAUGUGGCAAAUCUGAAGAAGGAAGGCUUCGUUGUAGAAGACGAUAUUGGUGCGGAUAUCUAG